CCGAACUCUUUCUCCCCCACAUUCUCUAAUUCUACUGUUAAAAUACACAAUCUGGGAUUAUCAGAAUUUUCACUAAACACAUUUCCUGGAACAACUCCAUGGCUCUCAAUCUCCGCCACAAACAGAUGGAAUGUGUAAUCCGGAUGCUGAACCUAAACCAACCUCUGAAUCCAAACGAGGAAUGUUACAAAGCCCUGAUCUACGACGGUUUCGGUGAGAAGAUCAUCGCUCCACUGAUGCAAGUGAAAGAUCUUCUUAAACAAGGCGGCGUUACACUUCCCUUGCGCAUCGAUAAAAAAGUACGAUCACCUGUUCCUGAUGCAGCAGCCGUCUACUUUAUCCAACCAUCUCCGUCCAAUAUCGAUAAAAUCAUCGCUGAUGCUUCCAGAUCUCUCUACCAUACCUAUCACCUCAAUUUCUCGUCUCGUAUCCCUCGUCCUCUCCUCGAGAAUCUAGCUUCGGGGACUCUGAAGAACUCAGGUUCCGUUGCGAGAUUCGCGUCGGUGCAUGAUCAGUAUCUGGAGUUUGUGACUUUGGAAGAUAACAUGUUUUCGCUUGCUCAGGACUCUGUUUAUCUUCAGUUGAAUGAUCCAUCAGCUGGAGAUAGAGAGAUCGAGGAGAUUAUUGAAAAGGUCUCUAAUGGGUUAUUCUGUGUAUUGACAACGCUUGGUGUGGUUCCUGUGAUACGAUGUCCUCGUGGUGGACCAGCGGAGAUGGUUGCUUCUUCGUUGGAUCAGAAACUUAGGGAUCAGCUUCAGUCCAAGAACAAUCUGUUUACCGAAGGUGGUGGAGGCGGUUUCAUGAGUUCGUUUCAGCGGCCUUUGUUGUGUAUUUUCGAUAGGAACUUUGAACUCUCUGUUGGGAUACAGCAUGACUUCAGAUACAGGCCUCUUGUUCAUGAUGUUUUGGGUCUAAAGCUCAACAGAUUGAAAUUGCCAGGGGAAAAGAAGGAAGCGUUUGUAGACAGUUCAGAUCCGUUCUGGUCAGCAAAUGGUUCUUUAGAGUUUCCUGAAGUCGCUUUGGAGAUUGAAACUCAGCUGAACAAGUAUAAGAAAGACGUGGAAGAGGUUAAUAGGAGAACCGGAGGUGGUGCGAGGGGUAUUGCAGAGUUUGAUGGGACUGAUUUGAUUGGGAACACUAAGCAUCUGAUGAAUGCUGUGAACUCACUUCCUGUGUUGACUGAGAGGAAGCAGGUGAUUGACAAGCACACUAACAUCGCCACUGCGCUCCUAGGAGAGAUGGUAAUAGCUAUUACCAUUAGAGUUUCGAAGUCAGGAUCUAAUGGUAAUAGCUAUGUGAAGGGGCCUUUCAAAGAAGCCAUUGUUUUCAUGAUUGGUGGAGGUAACUACAUAGAGUAUAGCAGUUUGCAGGAGCUCUGGCACCGACAGGAGAUGGCUAAGAACAUUAUAUACGGAGCCACAGAGAUCCUUACUGGAACUGAGCUUGUUGAGCAGCUCGCGGUGUUGGGACAGAAGAUGGGACUGAGAUAGAGAAGAUAAAAAGGAUUUUAAGGUUGAAUAUUAGUCCAGGCAGGCGCAUUGAUUGGUUAGUCUGGUGUUGUUGGGUGGCAGUUGCAACUUUUGUUUUUACUAUUUUAUUGUACUCGUUUUUA